AAAAAAUCAUAUAUCAUAUGUGACAGGGACACGAAAAAAUUGAACCCCUUAUUUCUGGAAUAACCCAUGGUAUAAAUGUCUUGAAAUCUUGUUUUACUUUCAUCAUUCUCUGUUGUUAGAAUUCGGUCGUGGAUGGUGUAUACAGUGAGUUUCGAGGGCUAAUGGUUGAUCAAGAAGACACAAACGGUGUCACUCAAAGGAAACCUUGGUUGGAAAUUGUACAUACAAAGUCAUUCAGUAACGGCGUGGCACGCAGUCACUUUAAGGAUUACUCAGCGUUGUCUUUUGGUAUGUAGGUUUUCCCAGUCAGCUGCAAGAUCGGUGCUAAAGAAACUCAAGCGCUGCAUACAAAGUAAACGGCGAAAUGAUGAUGUUAGAAAUCCUUUCAUUUAACACACUAAUGUAUAGCAAAGAAAGUGCAGAGUGGCCAAACUGACAACACCGACGAAUUCGAGAACAAAAUCAGGACGCUGAUAGAAUGAGAAUCGGGACGGAAAAAAGACAACAAAUGCAAAAUUAGGAUGUGGAAAAUAACCACAAAUGCAAAACCGGUACAAUAGAAGGGAGAUAAAAGUACUAAGUAUUAUAAUAUUUCAAAAAUACUCGGAUUUGUCUCUCCCUGGCCUAAAUUUCCUCUUUAACAUUGAGGGGAUAAUUGCAGCCACCUGUCAAAAUCACAGGGCGCCCUCUACAACUCCGUCGUCCUCGGUAUUUCCGUAAGCGUAGUUUGCUCACCACUGUAUAUAACCAGACGACAGCGCCAAUUUUGAUGAGCAUCGCUCCCUGAUAAUUACAACACUGAGAAACGAAAACAGAAAACGAGUGGAUCCUAAUUUAUACCGUGUCCACUCACUGAAGCAACGCUGUUCCUCAGAUUUCGGUUGACAUGCAUGAAAAUGAUGCACACCCGCGUCAAGUUUGGUUGCCUUUUCGUUUUUUUUCUCCGAUAGUCUAUUUCAAGUUAUCAAUUGCCCAGCUUCAAUCAUCGCAGCAUUUCGGGAGAGGGGGGGGGGCGCCAAUGAUGUGAAGUGAAAACUUAGUGAUGUGAUGGCAAUCGUCGCGGAUGAGUCAUUUGCCGUCUGCCAUUCCUGGACGAAUGAAAUAAGCCUCUCGUCAUUUCAGACCAGAGCGGGGCUUAUCUCGGAAACCUAAACCGUUGGCCGUUUGAAUAAUGUGUUCGGAGCCUUCAGUCGCUCCCGGCAGUUUGGGAUAGGUUCUGUCUUUAUCGUCAAUUCGCUGCAUGUAUGCAACUUUAUUGGUCGCAACAAAAUGGCCGACAUCAAUUAAAUUACGAGUAGAAUGUAAACAACCAAAAAUAAAUAUUCAAAUUAUGGGCUAGUGAGAUGCCGCAAUAAAUUUUCAAUUAAUAUGCGGGACAAACACUGAGUCACGCCAAAUGCACCUUAACUGGCAAAAAACUUGCCUCUUGCACGUGGUUAUAACAUAUGAACGCGUUUAGUACUUGCACCAUAUGGUCAUGCAGAACAAGCAGCAAUUAACGUGUUGGCUUCAAGGAUGGAAAACGCAACACGCAUACGCAAAGAGUAGGGAGGUCACUGUUGCCGCCGGCUCGACGUGACACGCGUAAAAGUGACUGCGCAUUCCUUGCACGUGAGUACAUUUCAAGCGGGCUAGUUACUUGCGUAAAAAUCAUCAAAAAGCGAACUUGGAUUUCGUUCUGAUCGCGGGCUUUGCAGAGUGGGUCGUGCGAAUGGUUCAAUAGAAGUGCGGGGUUUUAUACCCAGCAUAUUUUUUUUCGGUCAAUAAGUCGCCCACAGAAUUUUUAUCAUCGGGUCUGUGAUGGUUAUUUCUCUAAACGAAGAGGCUAUGACAUCAGUACUUUUGAUUUGAUUAAGUAACCGUGAUCAGGAUGGAAGGAAAAGAGAAAUGUGACCGCAGCGGCGCGGUAGAGGGGAAGUACUACUCAGAUGACCAGUGAAACUUCGCUGUGUGUGAAAAAAAAUCAUCACUCCAUCGUGCAUGCACUCACUAGACUGCGCCACAGGCAUGACGGCACGCCCAUCACGUGGAUAUACCAUGAAUAAUAAUACCAGAGCAGUGACAUAUCUGUAACAAUUUUUUUUGUGUAAAACAAACCACGCAACCAAUGAGUAAGUCCACAAGUUCAUGUACAGGUGCAUGCAUUCUCGCCACUCCAAUCAUCUGAAAUCGACCCAGAACCUGCGACACCAGAUGACCCUUACACUGAACAACACGUCACGGAGAGGGUUGCACAGACGACACGCAACAAGUGUGUUGAUAAAACCCGACACGGUGCACGUUCAGCAACAGACUGUGGCGUGAUGCGCGGACGAUAGAAGCUUCCCAACAUAACAAUAUCUUGCUGGUACUUUUGUGCAUCAGUAAACAAGUGGACUCUUGAACACCGCUGCGUUAGACUGAGAAUUUGUUGUUCAGGUGUACACUGCUCACGUUUACUGCACUCCAGCCACACGGGCAUGGGGGGUUAGUGCUUCUCAAUCACGUAUGUACGUUCGCUAACACCAUCCAAAUCCGUUGAGCGGGUUCACUGGAGUGCAUCCCUAUUCACAGUCACCGAUUGUGUGUGUGUGUACAAACAGCUACCCCAAUCACAGGAGCCUGAAUAGAAGUUGUGUUGAACACCAACAGAGCCGUGCAUAAUACAAACCAGGUUGUCAUUCCAUAAGACCGCGUGCGAUGAUGGCUUCACACUGUGAAGUGGCAAUGGAAACACAGCUUGGCCGGCGCAACGCCUUAUAAAUCACUGGUGACCUUGCUCGAUAUGUUGGCCCCAGAGGACGUUGUUACGAUGAUGCUACUCGACGGUGUUUGCCUGUAGCAUGCGACAUAAUAAAGUUGGAACUGCUGGAAAAUGAGCAGAGUUUUGUCGAAUGAGUGGCCCCCUCUCCGUCACACAACGCCCCCUUUCCUGGACCCGGAUAUAAAUACGAGAGACGUGGCCGACUUCAGUGCAUGCGACAAGGAAGUUAGACUGCUUGAUUGUGCAGGGGACAACGUAGGAAGGAUUGCCAGCCGUGGGAGCCAUCUCUGUACUUGGCAGUUACCUCGGGACAAACUCAGCAGUACAGGCUCUGCUGAUGAUACGCGUAGCACGAGUAACAGCACUAUCAGCGGCUGUGCUAGGAGUUGUGGUAUCAGUGACGGCGGUGGUACUGGGGAUCAUCCUCGGCAAAUCACGGCGAGGCAUGAUUGGAACGCGAGGAACGGAGGCCAGCGUGAGGGAGCAUCGCCAGGAGGAGACUUGCCGUCAGACGAUAGUAUCGGGCAUCAUCAGACGAUACCGUCCGCUGUGUCUGGUAUCAGCCAUGCGGAAUCGGGUUAUGUCAAUGUCUCGUCAUCUCAUUUGUCUUCACUGAUUGGAGGUAAACAGGACGCAGACAUACUAGAACUGUACGGCUUGAUAGCUACUAACACGAUGGAGACCAGUAGUUCUAGGAGGCACAAUUCCCGCCCUAAUAACCAGGCGGAUUAUGUGUAUCAUCCUCGGCAGAAUGGAAUAUUAGACGAGGAAGAUGAGUACGAAGAUUAUGUUGACUCUGACAGAGACGAGGAUAGUUUGGUCCACCUUCACCUUAGGGCCCAGCAUGAGCAAGACUUGACGGCCAUGUUCCAGCCCAACGUGCAAUGCCUGGACUCGUCAAUGUAUGAAACAUACGAUGACUUAUCCUCCCUACUGGGAGCCGAACUGUCAGGGGACGUGUUUCCUGCUAGCGAGCAGCUGAACGCAAACAAUUCCAGCUCCGCAUCCAGCUGUCGUACACUCGACUUGCGAGUUGCGAAUUUAAACACACGGCUGGCCAAGUCUACAGAAUCCAUCCCCACGACCGUGGAUUCGGAGAGACGGAAACGUUCUGCAAGCGAUAGCGAGCCGCUGCAGCGAUCGCGUAGCUUGGAGAGUUUAAACUUUUUGCGGGGCACUUCAUCGUCAGUGGCGCCGUUAUCCGACCGUGCGCCAUCAGCACGAACGGAGGCGGUAAAUAAUAAUAAUAAUGCAAGCAGCGAGAGUAAUGCAUGCAGGUCGGCGACACGGAGCGCCUGCGCGAAGCGCAGGUUAAUUACGACGGAUGCGAGCGUGCGAGAGGGAGACGAUAUCAAAGAAGAGGUCACAAUAGAGCAGGGAGACGUUGAACGGACACUCGUAGAACGAUCAUUCGCUGAGGAGGUGCGACUGUGUGCCCUCCCUGUUUACAUCCCACCUGCCGUCGAUAGAAUGUAUCAUCAGCACCAACGGGUGCCCUCACCCCUCAUCGAGAUGGAUGAAGACGAAGAGGAGGAGGAUGAGAUAGGUAGACGGACACAAGGGAGCAAAGGAACGGAGAAGACGAAGAAUAAGGAGGUUAUCGGCGUUAAUGAGGACAAAGCAGCACCGCCAAAGCCGCGACGUGGUGAAGAGCGUAGCAUCCCAUCCGGGGAAGGCACAGCCAAUGAAGUGAUCAGGAGAGCGUCAUCUUUAACAUCGUCAUCCUCCCCCGCGGAGAACACUGCAACUGUAAAAGAUACCAUGGAGCAGAAAUCGAAGGAGCACGGAACAAAUGAUAAACACCGCACAGGUGAUGCUGACACGGGAUCCAAUAUGGCGGCCGCCAAUGUGAACGUGCCGCAGAUAAUAGAGACCCUCGUGGAGAGCGAUGAUGACCACGAAGGGGAAAGGAUAGUCCUCCAACUCCAGUCCCGUCUUAGUGCUGUGGAACAACUUGCCCAAGAUCUCUCAGAGCAGAACGCCAAACUCCAGGAGGAGCUGACCGAGAUGCGCCUGGAAGUUGAGGAGUCAACGGAUAAGUUCCGGGAGGGAGGGGAAAUUGAGGAAUACCGAGAAAUGAAGAUGGAGCUCGACCGAGCUGUACGAGACUGCCGCAUCCUCCAGUUCCGCCUUCGGAAAGCCGAAAGGAAGGUCGAGGAGUAUGAACAGGAGCGCACUCAGUGGGAGGACCGCCUGAGGACCACCCCGGUUGGUAUCCCCGCCCCCUCGGCCAACUCCUCUCGGAGUUCUGGGGACUCCUCCCCAGCCGAGGAUGCUCGGCUUGGUGAGGUUGCCGAGCUACAGCAGGAGCUGAGAACGGCCAAGGAUGUGUCUAUAAGGCUACACCAAGAACUGGAGAUGAUCGAGGAGAAGCGGGCCAAGACGGAGGACGAGUGCCAGAUAUUGAGGAGGAAGCUCGUGGACUCGGAAAAUACCCGCAAGGAGAUGAAGAGAGAGUUGGAAAAAACGCGUAUCGAGCUUCAUAGGAGCGAAGUCGAUGUCAUUCGGCGCAAACUGAAGCAAUCGCAAGAUGAAGAAUCAUCAAAGAAACUUCAGACCAAGAUCGAGGUCCUGCGUGCCUCAACGUCGUCGGACUCGGACAGUGAUAUCGACGUGGCGGCGCUGCUGAACGACUUGCAGGAGUCCACGGAGCGGGAGCGCGACCUGCAGCACCAGUUGCAGCUGCUGGAGGAAGAGGCUAACGCUGUUCGCAAAAACUUGGCCCUGGUGGAGCAGGAGAAGGAGGCGCUAGACUUCGAAUUAGAGAGAUUCAAGAUGAGAUUUGGAACCUUAGACGAACCAAAGAAACCGGAGAACGGCCGCGGGGCGUCCACGGAGAAAGAGGCAGAGCUACGACUGCAGCUGAUGUUGGUGGAGCAGGAGGCAACGGUCAUGCGCAGGAAGAUGAGGGAGCUGGAGAUGGCCAAUGAGGAGCUGGAGUGCGCCCUCGAGCGGCAAAGGAGGUCCUUGCAGUCUGCCGGUGAUGAGCCAUCAGGCAAAACAAGAGCUUCGACGGGAGGUGAUGAGAAAUCCAGUGACAGUGCCCAGGAAAUAGCCGCCGAGUCUAGCGCCCUCCAGCGGCAGCUGGAGGACGUGCUCCGGGAGAACGAGGCCCUCCGCGUCAAACUGGAGACCUUUGAGGAGCUCAACGCCUUGUACCCUCAGCCGGAUGAUGCCAACCGAGGAGCCGCGGAAGAUUCAGAGGAGCGCCGGGCCCAACGAAUGAAAGCCGAGACGGUGAUAGCAUCCCUCAAACGGCGCCUAGUGGAGGCCGAAUUCGAGAACAGAAGCCUGCAGCUGGAAACCGAGAGCCUGCGCAAGCUCAGUGAGAUCGCCACCGCCAAGGAGCCUGGGAAGGGCAAGGUCAAAGGUGUCGAGCACAAACUGCGGUCGCAGAUCGCUUUGCUGAAAACCGAGGCGGACUCCAUGAGAAGGAAGAUCGUAGGGCUGGAGGAGCUUACUGAGCGGCUAGAGGAGGCCGCAGAAAGGGCACUGACGGAGAAAGUGUCGGCUGAGAAGGCCUUGGCGGCUACGGAGAAGGAACGGAAGCCUGAGCCGGUGAUCAGGCAGGAGUCGACGUCAUCUACGACGUCAGAGGACAAUGAACGUCUGCAGAGCUUACAAAGUCAGAUCGGGACGCUACAAGAGGAGCUAGGGGACCUUUUACUUGUCAUCAAGAGCAAAGAGGUGACCCAGGAACAGCAGGAGAAGGAGCUAGUCCAGGUGCGCCAAGAGGCCGAGCAGCUCCGCACCGACAAUGCCAGCCUCAAGGAGACCCUCAAGCAGCGCCUCGGCAGCCUCACCACCGACAAGGACAUCUUGGAGCAGCGCCUCAGCAUCUCUGAGGAGCGUUCGGAGAGACUGGAGGAGGAGCUUAAGCGCGCCUGUGCCCUGGCCGAGCCGGGCGGAGACGGGCCGCAGGCAGGCAUGGUGGCAGGGGAAAAACCAGCGGUUGCAAGGAGCGAGGUGGCCUCAGAUGACGUGUUUGCCGAGCAGGAGGUUAAAACUGAAGUGCGAGUGAAUUAUGAGAAGUGUCUCAAGGACCGCAUCUCCGCCCUGGAGACGCAGCUUGCCGAGGAGAGACAGAGAUGCCGCGUUGCCGAGAAGAAGGCCGAGAUGCUGAACGGGGGGUCAUCCUCCGGGGUCGACGAUGAGGGCGGGCUUCAGGUUAGCCAGUCUGAAGAUGCCGCCUACAGGGAGCGUGAGAAAGAACUGCUCCGAUUCGAGUUGACGGAGUGCCAUCUAGCGAUUGAUGACCUGACGACUGAGCUAGCACGGGAGAAGGAACGCUUCGCCCAAGAGAAGGAAGAGAUGGAACGCCGCUUGGCUGAGUACGCUAAGAAAUUCACCUCCCCCACCCCUCUUGUCUCACCACCAUCACCACCACCACGAACACCACUCCCUCCACCCGCCGCACCAACCCAAACACAGACCUUGGACGAGAAGGACCGGGCCGAGAAGCGGUCCGUCUUCGAGCGGGAGAGCGCUGACCUCCAGAAAAAGAUGGAGACGAUGGCCUGGCGCAGGGAGAAGGCCGAACUGUCCAAGAGGCUGGACGAGCUCAAACGGAAGAUGGAGGAGUUGCAGACGCGACCUGACGUAGCGGCCACUGCAACGGCUGGAAAAGAGGUGUCCAAGUCGCAACCGUCCGAACGACCGGAUGCCGAAAAGGCUGAACUCAAGCGAAUCUUGAGUAAGUUGGAGACGGAAGUGGAAAUCCUGGACGGUGAAUGCUGGAAGUACAGGGAGCUGGCCGAAGAGAUGCAGGCCAAGAUGAAAGUGAUGACAGCGCAGACCGAGGAACUAAAAGCGUCCAACGACAUCCUGAACCAAGAACGAUCUCUGCUCCACAGCAAGAUCUCUGCUGUCCAACAGGAGCGGACCGAACUGGACAUCCGCCUGAAGAAAGAGCGCGAGGCCUGGGGAAGAGAGAAGAGCGACCUAGUGGCGAGACAGGACAUCCAGCAACAGGAGAACGCCCGAAAGCUCAGUGAUAUACAGCACGAAUUCGGCCAGUUUCAACUCGAAAAGCAAACCCUCCAGGAGCAGACUGUGGAGCUGGAAACAUACAUGAAAGCCCUGAAGGACAACGAGAAGGAACGAGAGGAGAAGCUCCGGGAGGCGGAGACCAGACUGGAGCACCUACAGGCAUCCUAUCGGGCAGAAAUGUCCAAACUCACCGAGGCGCACCAGCAGCAGCUCAGCCUCAGCGCCUCGGAGGGGCGGGUGGAGCUGGACGAGAAAGACCUGGAGCUGCGCAGCAAGACCCGGCAGCUGGAAGAGGUGCAGGCCAAAGUGGAGCUCAUGGAGCAGGAGCUGGAGCAGAGCCGGAACACCAUACACGCCCUAGACGCGCAGCUCCGCGCGCAGGAGGACUCGCGCAGCAAAGAGAAGGCCGAGCUGAUCAAGAGCGCCCGCAACGGCGAGGAUGAGUUGCGGACGGAGAACACCCGGCUGGCCAACGAGAUGCGAGAGCUAAAGAGCAAGCUGGCCAGUCGGGAGAAGGACUGGAAGGCUGAGCGGGGCGAGCUGCAGGAGGCUCUGGAGAAGCUGAAGUCCAGCCUGAAAGCCAGGGAUGCCUCCUGGGAGAGUGAUCGGUCCAAGCUGGUGGCCAACAUCAAGUCGCUGCAAACUUCACUGCUGACACGGGAAGACGCCUGGAAAGCCGAGAGGUCCGACUUGAUCAGCAACUUAAACGAGCUUAGAGGCAAACUCAGAGAGGCGCAGACGAGUGCUGAGAAGAGAUCAGCCGAUCUGAUGUCUAGGGUAGAGGCAGCAACAGAGCUUGUGGAGACGCAUAAAGUCAGCGAGGCGAAGUUCAAAGACGAGAGAAGACGUCUGCUAAAGCAGAUCGAAGACAAGGAGAUAGUUGUGAAAAACUCCUCUAAGGAGUUAGAGCGCCUCCAGCGUCAGCUCGACAAUCAAUCGCGCCGAAUCGAGAAUGCCCGCCUCGAGAUUCAGUCGCAGUUCCAUAGGGACGAGAAAAUCUGGAAGGCCGAAAUAGCCGCCAGCCGCUUCAAGCUGGAGGCCGAGACUAAGUACUUCAAGGAGGAGCUGAUCCGACUCCAGUGCAGACUGGAGAGCGAGACUAAAGAGAAGUCGGAUAUGGAGAAAGAUCUGCACAUGGCAAAGAAGGAGAUGACGGUGCAGAAGGCGAUCGCUGAGCGCGCUGAAGCGGACAAGACGGCGGCCAGACAAACGGCUGAAAAAGAGUCUCUCUCGGCCAAGAGGUCCAAGCAGCUAGCGGAUGAACUCCAGCGAGACAGGCGGGAGCUGAGUGGCCAAUUGGCAGCCGAGAGGGAACGCUGCGACGCCUUGCAGAGGAGCUACGCCAACGAGAAGGCGUCGUGGGACGUCAAGAAGAACGAGCUUCUAGCGAAAAUAGGAAAGCUUGAGCAGCAGACUAAACUUAAGAAGGUCAAACUGGAAGAGCUCCAGGUUCGCCUCCAGGCGGCCUGGGACAUCGAGCGGGCCGACAACCGACGACUUGUGGCCGAGGCUAACCAGAACUCCUUGGAGACCCGGCGGCAGGCCGACGCUCGCCACGGCAAGAUUCAGCGCGAGCUGGACGUGGCUCAGGAGAAGCUCGCCAAGGAAAAGAAAGAAUGGGAAGACGAUAGACAGAAACUCUCGGACUCCAUCAAAGAGCUUGAGGAGCAGUUGGAGGCAAUAAAAGAUGUGCAGAAGCGAAGCAGCCAAUUGGAGUUGCGGUACCAGCGAGACAGGGACCUUUGGCGUAGUGAGAGGGCAGACUUGCAAAAACGACUGCAGGGGAGUCUAACCUCGCGGAGGCUGGAACACAAUAGGAUUGAGAACAUUAUACAGGAGCUGCAAAAGUUACGGAUGAAUGAUUCUGCCACAAAGCAGGUAUCAAGUAAGAGUGAUACACCCUCAAGUCCUAGCCCUUCCCAUUCAACAGAACCGCUAACUAAAGGACUUCAGGAAUUGAGUAUAAAGGAAAAUAGAACAUCCAGUGAGAAAGGUGGCCCACCCAAAACGGAAAAGAGCGACCUCGUGCGUCGAAUGCAAGAAAAGGUGCCAGAGCAUGACGGGAAAGAUAGGAUUGCCCAUGCGCAAGAAGUGCCUGACGUCAUCAAAGCAUCAGAUAGCAUGACGGCUAAGAACGCAUUUGACGAGGCCCUCCGACGAAUCGCAAUUGUUCGGGAUGAUCUAACCUGUUAUCAGGCGCAACUAGAGAUAGUGUGUGCUACACGCCCAAGAAGGUCCAAGUCACACUCAGACGUCGCGCAUGCAGCUUCCGUUGUCAAAUAUUCCAAGCCCGUGUGCCAGCGAGCCAAACAGUACGAAGACAGCACUUCGGAUACCACUUCCAUUCAAAUCAUUACCACGGAGAGGCCACCUGUUGAGGGCAGUAAACGUGAUGACCGCCCCCACACGCGGAGCGCUGAGGUACUCACUUCCUCGUCGCCCAAACCGCGCAGGAAGCGAUCUCCCGAGAAGCAGGCCCGGGCUCAGACUCCUGAGCCCAAGACAUCUUCGAUGCGGGUGCAGCUGGCGCAGCGGAUGUGUUCAACCCCUAGUCCGCCCGAUCUACGGACUGCUUCUCCCGUGAAGGACGAGGAUGAUAGCGAACACGGAAGCAGCUGUAACAGCAACACCAACUCGGCGUCCUCGUCCCCCGCGCUGAGUGACAAGCAGCGCGAUGCACCACCGGCCAAAAUUACCGCCAAGCCGGUGCUGACGAAGUUCGGCCGAUUCGACGGCCAGGGGCUGCUCCGUGAAACGGACCGGAAAUCCUCGCCCGUGUCCUCGGACUCCGAGGUGAAACUUGAGGCGGACCUGGAGAAGCGAAUGGCUGAGUUGGACAAAAACAGGGUGACGUCGACGAAGAAGAUGUUUGAGCAGAACCUGGCGCGGGGAGCUGGGACGCUGCCGAGCCGCGCCCUGUCGCCGAGGCGGGAACACGACGAUUCCUCUGAUCACGACAGCGAUCGAGAGCGCCACACGGACAGCGAACUAUACACACGUCGCAGCCCACCAACCUCAGAACCAGAUAUCACCAAGCCCUCCGUUGUGAAAGACAGUGCGCCCCCUCCUGUCGUGACUAUGAAAGGUGUUGGGGCCAGUGCUCCGUGUGGCCUUGAUUCCCAAAGUGCUAGGAACACGACUACCUCGAAAGCAAGCGUGCAUGCUCAGAGUCAGGAACUUAUCUCCCCGAGUGCUUCCAAACCAAACAGUAAUACAGUCCCGGUGAAAGCCAGCAGCUCAGUCCCGGGCAUCAAAGGUCCGAGCCCUGUCGGGUCGCCUAGACUGCCCCGCUCGGUGUCCAACUACCCCUGUGCCCCUCCGGGUUUCCUGCUACCAAAGAAAAUGAACGAGGUCCAUGCAACGACCAAACGGUCCGACAGCGCUCCUGCCACGACCCCAGCCCAGUCUCCCCCGCCGACCUGGAGACACUCGGCUGCCUCGGGGAAGAAUUUCAACAUCCCCCUGCCGCCCUACCCGCAAACUGCCAUGCAGAGUGCUGAGCCUCUCGCGGUCAUUCCCGGUCAGUUGCCACGGACUAAGAGCCAAAUGCAAGCCAAAACUAGACCAUUUUCCGAGGUCCCACUACAACACCUGGGCCAGACCAGCGAGGUGGAGUCCCCGACGACAAGACGCAAGUGGGUGUCUCCUCGCUCAGCCAGGGCCAACUUCUUUGCAGACCUGCCCCCGAGUCUGCUCAUGCAACAGCAGCAGACCAUCAAACCCAUCACGGAAAGUAGCACCGCCGGCCGUGAACCCAAUAACAACAAUAACAACCCCUACCACCGACCGUCACAACUCACCGUCUCAGUGACGAACAACAACGAAACGGUUGCUGGGGCUGCGGCAAGCCAGUCUAGUCCCCAGACCCACUCCCCUCCCUCUAAGAGUUCUGUUUGGAGCGCUGCACCGGCCGUGUCACUCACUCAGCACCACUCCCAGAUUAAAACUGAGGAGCACAGCCACAAAAUUGUUGAGACUCAAGUGACGAGUUUGAAGCGUCCAUCUGCCGCUGUCUCCCCAACUCCUAGAGCAUCUGCCCAGCCUGACUGCGGAUCCCCUCAAACCAAAACAUCUAUCGCGUCCAAGCACAAGAAACGGUCCAAGUCAGGUGAUCGUUCUCACGCUACGCCUGCGCGGAGUGUGACCUUUGCCACCUCCGCCAGUCCCUCCAGCCCCACCAGCCCCCCCAAGCCGAACACCACCUGUGUAAUGGUGGUAUCGUCCAAGAAAACAGUGAAUCAAGUGGAGACGUGCCGUGUGGUUAGCUCUUCCACUGGUGACAAAGGGGUGUCAGAUGUGGAAAAACAGCCAGGGAAAGCAAGUCAAGAGGCUCCCCUGAAACCUGCCCCUACAGCCUCCCUUGACGAAAUGUUGCCGAGCCAAGUCGGCAUCAUUCCAGCCCUCACGGUGCACUUCCCCCGGCCCUCUCCUAACCCCGGCCGCCGCUUGCCGGCGCGCUGGCUGGCCAGCAAACGCUUGAAGACCGGCCUGGAUGCCCAGGCGUCGUUCUACCAGGAACGACUUCCGUCGGGGUCGUCGGUGUCCGACUACGACCUGACAACGGAACAAGAGAUGGGCUUGGUAUCAGCAGCAGAGGAUGGACAUUUUAAGAGGAAAAGGUCCAGCAUUGAAACAACGGUCUGAUUCCAAGAUUCAUUCCACAGAUUAGAUUUAUUAUUUAACAUCACUUCCACUUCCUAGUACCUAUUCUAAUUACGCGUAGUUACAAUUUAAUUGUAUGAAUUAAAAGAAGUUAUUCUCAUAUCCAGUUCGUAACUGUACAUCAUAAUUAUGUUUGGCAUAACACAAUAUAUUUGGUUCCGAAAACAACCAUGAUAAUAAGUCAAUAUUUCGGUCACUUUAACGAGGUCAUCUUGGGGAGUCUUUUGGAGAUAUCUGUUCGUUUAACACUAUUGCACUUACUGCGGAAUGCACCAUGGAACUUCAGUACUCAUUCUAUAACCGGUUUGGACUUGAGGAAAAACGGAGUCCUUGGACCUAUCGCGUAUGUCUCCUUGUAUACAAGUUGAAAGCUCAUGAGUCGGCAUUUCAGAAAGUCCGAAUAUUCGAUGGCAUCUUAAAGGCCAGUUCAUACAACAGAGGAAUGUGAAAACGAAGCGAAUUCCUUUUUUACCAUUACAUUUGCAGCCAAAGAUCCUUCGAGUUGAAAUGUAUUCAACUUGUGCGAGUUUGCAGCGCGAAUAAUGAUUUGACGUCAAAAAAUAAUUCGUGAUUGGGUUCGCUCUUGCACCAAGUGUAACCCGGCUCUAAUGCUGUCCAAUCAACUAGGACGUAGUACGUUUUCUGCCUCUCCCUGCUUAAGUCACAAACCUAAAUUUGCAAACGUGCAGGUUUUACACAGAGAUAAAACGUAGGAUAUCAACUGAAGGAGUUGGUUUAGAUUAAUGGGGAUAGAAGAAAGCAGGAAUAGGAAAGGUCCGGGGUCUGUGGUCAACGAUGGGCCCUUCAUUUGAGGAAAGAACAUGUCUGAACAUAGAGCUGUGUUCCUAGCUUUAUAGUCUGAAUAAGACGAGUGUCAUUUUGGUGGUACGAAAUUUGACUGAAGCGGGGCGCAAUUCUCCGCCUCGUUCUAGGAAAAAAGCUCGACGAACUAUUCGAAUUAAAUGAACGUUCCUUGUUUAUUUUGUUGUGUUAGAAAUAAGCGGGAGUAUGAAGGAUACAAUCUACACAAACCUUGAGUUACUCACGGUUCGGUAACACUCUCACCAAUCUACCUGUAGGCCUAAGCCUUCAAUUCCCAAAUUACAUAAAUUGUGACUACGCCCUCUUACGGCCAAAGAUGCACCACUAUCACUACAGAUAUCAAGCAAACUGCAAAACUGUAGUGUUAGAUUAGCACCCUGUAUUCAUAUAGUAGAAGACUCCACUGAUGUCCUGGGUGGAGACCGAGGGUGUUAAAGUGACACCAGUUUUUGCAGUAUAUGGAACCCUGCAUGGCCAACAGGAUCCUUUUUUGUUUGAAAUCCGUAUUGCAAAAACACCUUAAUAUUGCGUCUACUAUAUUGGACAUAAACCUUGCCAAAAUAUGGAAGUGUGAAUCGGGAAAACGAUGUUUGUAAUUUUCUUACUUUUAUAGAACAUACUUUUGAUGCCAAAACAUUUUGAUAGCAUACACAAAGCCUUACAAAUUACUGUUGAAUGUUGAGUACGUAAUCAUAAUGAUAAAUUUUCUAGUGUUGUUUCUUUACAGGGUAUUUAGUUGUAUGCUUCGAAAUGUUAUGAAAUGUCAUGUAUAAAGGUACUCUAUGCUACCGUAAGAAAGCUUUCCUGUCUUAUAUACAAAACUGCGAAGAAACGAGCUAUUUCCUCCAAUACGUAUAACCCACAAUACAUGCGGCAGUUUUUGUCAGUUUUGAACAGUGUGUGAACGGCAUAACCUAACUGACUGGUAAGCAGUGGCGUAGCUAGGAUUUUACUAGUGGUUGGCACAAAGGGGGCACCAGCAUCUUGAGGGGGGCACCAGCUUUCAGUGGUGUGGCUUUUAGGGGCAAGUUUUUGUUAGCCUUGUUCAAUAUCCGUUCAUCCGUUUUAUUUCAGGGGGAACCCCCCCCCGUGGCUAUGCCACUGUUGGUGAGAUGCCCAUGACCCCCGGCAAAUUACAUUUUAUUUGCUGUUGGCCAGUCAAACCACCAGAGCCGAAGUCACGUUGCGUCUUCUAGUAACCCAUGUGUUGCUGAAGUUAUGCAUGAAGACAACGAAGAGUGUGUAUGUAUGGGAUACUCAUGUUGAGAUAUGAGUGAUACGACCUUGUAAUCCACGAGGUCAAAGGAACAUUACCCAUCUAUGUUCAAUUUGUACAUCAUGUUUUGUUUUUGCGCUUGGGGAAAAAUCCAAGAAGACAAUUUUACCAGUACGAUCAUUUUUAUAUGAAUUUUCGUUGGGGUAAAAAAAAAUCCCAAGCACUUUUCCAUUCUCUAUCGUGAAUCAUCCGAUUCUAUCUUAUUGUAAUUUACAAUGUAUGCGGAAAGUGAUUCGGCAAAGACCUGUUUGAUAGUGAAUGUUAUUUCCAAUGUAUAAACGACAAAGUCGAAGCAUGCAGUAAGCUAUAAAAUCCUUUCAAGUAUAAACAACAAACGUAUUUACAAUUGUAUAUGACACUGUUUAGAACUAGUGCAGAAGUUUCCACAAAAAGCCAACUUCCCAGAAAAUGUUUUCCUGAACAGCGCCAGCUUGUGGCUUUUUAUGGAAACGACGCCCUCUACUGAUCAACAAUUUAUCUCGUCACGAAGAACAAGGCCAUCUUGUUUCGCUCGUCGCCCAAGGAGUGGCAAAUGCGCUCCACAAAUUUUGUGAAGAAAAUAUGUCACAGCUAUGGGUGAGCAAAGCAUUGUGGGUAACUUGCUGUCCUGAUCCACGCAUGUGUAUUCAGUGCGCAAGUCUCACGUACACUUCGUCGUGUGGAAGUGAACAUGAACUCUACCCAAAGCGUGCUCAUCGAAAUAUAGGUCAUGCACUUGCCCUUUCCAGCGCCCUGUAAGGGCGGUUGGUGACGAGCGAAUCAGUUCAUUUGGAGAAAGAGCUGCAUGUCCCUAUUUCAUUGCUUUCGCAUGUCGUCACUUCAAAGCCUAUUACAAUAAAACAGUACAUACAGUAAAUAUUUUUGGCUCGAGUAUUAUUCGAAGGAAUAAUGUCAUAUGAGUUGUGACCCAUACUCUUUGAAUUAUCUGGAAGCUGUACCCGUUUGAACGUGUGCUGCAAGUACCCAGGUUUUGAACUGAUAUUAUUCUAGUGUAUUAUAAUUCUCCGAGCAUUUUGAUAUUUUACGUUUAUGUUAUUUAACCGAAAGUAUUAUUUUGGCGUUUUAGUAAAAUCUUAUUUAACAGUUAUUGUAUUGCCUAUGAUGCUGUAUUAUGCAGAAUAAUUUAGUGACUAUUAAACAGAAUGUGUAGGAGGUUUGCUUUAUACUCUCACGAUGAACAUCUAACAAAAGAAGUACGAUGGAAUAACAAUGGACGUUGAUUGUAAGGGCACUGCGUUUCUUUUGUUAAAUGUUCGUAGUGUCUACGGACGAAUUUUUAACAGAUGUCAUUGUUUCUUCCGAAACUGUUGCAUGUCUGUUGUCUCUUUUUGAGGAAUUAAACGAACAUGGCGCCAAAUGUCAAAAA